AACUUAUUAACGAAGAUGUCCAAUCAAAUAGCUCGUUACAUCUGCUGUUAGGGCAUCUUGGAAACGAAAGACGCCUUGACGAGACAACGUGUGUUUGCACGUUUAUAAAAAUGUAAGAUAUAUUUAGAACAGCUGUUCGCUACAUCGCCAAACUAAUCUAUCACUGGCGCUCAGAAGGGGCGUAAAUCUUGAAUUGAUAGGGUACGUUCCGAUUCAUCUUGCUCUUAUUCUAUAUUUAAUAGAAAGAGUAGUUUAUAGGGGUGGAUCCCGGAUGUUUUGCUCGCGUGUCAGUGACUUUUUCCUGAGCAUAUUUAUACAAAAUAUGGAAUAUCUACCUUAAAUAGUUCAGAGGAUAUUGAAGAGGUCAGAGAUUUAAAAAAUUUUUGCAUAUUUUGAAACAUCAACUAGGCCUGCCUACCAUGUAAUGAAAAAUAUCCCAUGACACAAACCAUGAAAUUGUGUUGAAACUUUUAAGGCACAAUGUCUCGAGCACAUAAUGAUAAAAGCAGGUUAUAUCGCCCUCCGGGGGUAAUAGCUAUAGGACCCAACUUUACUUCCAAAGGAACUGGGAAAAAUCAGAAAAUUCCCUCUACUUCCUCUGCUAAUUCAAAAUCCAGUCUUGAGAAAAACAACCAGAAAUUUAUAAUAGGAAAUGCCAUGGCUAUUCCACCUCCAAAGAAAAAGGAGGAGAAAGUGAAAGUACAGUUACCAAGAUCAGACUCUACCUCCGGAAGCAAAUCCCAAGAAUCACAGUACAAGAAAGAGUUAGAGGAAGCUAAGGAAAAGGAAAAAGAUUUGUUGAAUCAGAUUGCUGAGUUUAAAAAAUUAACGGAGGCGCUUCAGAAGCAGAUCCAGGAGAGAGAUGAGACAAUAAUGGAGCUGAAAUCCUCCACGACAGCUCGACCAGCCUCGCCCCGAUACCCAUCUCCACAUAGUUCUAUGACAUCCAUGCCAGAGUCACAACUCUCAUUUUAAAGCAUUUACUCCCUCUUAACUUCAUUGUUUUUGCAUUUUCUAUGGCAAUUAGACCCUUAAUUAAGGAUGUUUGCUGAAAACAAAAAUUCUAAUGCAGGAAUAGAUAUAGGUCUCUGGGAAAAAUUAUGGAACAUCUCAAUUAUUUCUAGGAAUCGGAUGCAUAUAGGCUGCAUGGGGUUUAGUUUAGUUUUUUUUUUUUGGUAUUGUAGCUAUACAUGUAGUUUGAGUAAAUCAUAUAUAAUGUAAAGUUUACUUUAAAAAAACACCAGAACUUAGAUCAGUUCUAGUUCUGUAAUUUGGAAUUUAUUUAUUAUUUGCAAGUUGGAGAUAUGCAUGUUUUUGGUUAGGAUAUUCCACAUAUUUAGUUGUUAUUAAAUGUACCGUAUCAUGGAAAAUGUUAGUUUGUAGAUUGGAUAUACCGAGUCCAUUUGGGAGCCUCGGUUCACGACCCACUCACACCUCUCAACAAGUGAAACUGACAUAAUUUACAAUGUAUAUUACAAUAUAUAUACUCUAUCAGUUUGUAAUGUCUAUCCAAGAUUGAUAUUGGUUGUUUGUUUUGUUUUUUUACAAUUUAUGCACUGAAACAAAAUUGCACCGAGAUGUAGAGUGCAAAUUAAUGUUGAUGUGUUUUGUAGAAAAAAAAUUAUAUACAGCAUGAAGGUGAAUUCUUUAGUCUCCUUGAUCACCAUAUAAAUGUAUAUAUUAUAUGAUAUGCAGCUGAUAUCAUAGAGAAGAAUUUGAUUUUGUAUUUUACUGGGCUGCAUCAUCAGUGUUAGUGUUCUGUCCAAUUUUUUCAACACUUCAAACCUUUUUUUCAGGGAAGUCAGGGGACAUUUUUAUAGGGACUGUGUCAAAAGUUGAUGAAAUAUUAUGUUCCAUAUGGUUAAAAUAUAUUAGUAAAUGCAGAAAUAUUCACUUUUCAGUAUACUGUUGACAUUUCCACUGCUCACAUAUUGUACCUAGUUAAUAGUAUAGUUAAUUAUUAACCAGAAAUUAAUAAGUCUUUUUCACUCCUGUUUUCUACAUAUUUGUUCAAAAAUGAUUUUCAAGGUAUGGAUCAACACAGUAUAUUAAUGUAUAUAUAAAACAACUUUAAUCUUGCAAAUUAAAAUCAAUAGUCUAUUUAUUUAUUAUAAAUAUCUUUAAAAUGGUGCAAUAAACCUUAACUUUUUAAUGUUUA